AUGGAUCCAAAAUUGACGAACGAUGAAAAGUCUCGCGCGAAGGACCUGAGAGCUGCAAUCCGAAGAGCCCGUCAAGGGAGCAGCGAGGAGGUGUAUGGGUCAGAAGACUACUGGAAGUAUAGCAAGGAAGAGCUUGACGGCGAAGACCAGAUAAGUGAUUUGAGAUUCCGUGCGCUGCAGAGAAACUGUGAUCUAUCGGAUCCAUGUUUUGAACAGGCUGCGCAAGAAUACAAGUCGCAACAAGAGCGCCGGAGUGCCAAACGACUUUCUAUACUGGAGAAGGAAAAACUAUUCGAUAAGAGGAACAAGAUUCUCCAACAGUCAUCGUCAACUACUACUAAUCUCACAUCCACGCGUGCUGCUUAUGUGGAUCUGCUUCUGACGAUCCAGAGCAAAACAAGCCGCCAGAAGCAAAGUGACUUUUCAAAAGACGUCCUGAGAGCGUAUGGUGGAACUACGAAAGUCAACAACACCACCUACUGUUUCAGUGUCCUGGAUGGCACUCGUCGGGUCAAAGAGGAUUUUGUCGCAGCACACAUCUUUCCGCUCUCACUUGGACCUAAGGCGAUGGAAUAUAUCUUCGGCAGAGAUGCAAGAUACGAAAUAAACUCACCACGAAAUGCUUUACUUCUCCCGAAGAAGAUCGAAAAACACUUCGAUGCCCACCAGAUCGUCAUUGUUCCGGCUAAAUCAGACAACCCGGACGUCCGAGAGUGGCAAUUCCUCAUUAUCGAUAAGUCGGGGCUCUGGAACGAGUCCUUGUCUGCAUUUGGGCCCAUGAAAUUCUCUGACCUGCAUGAGCGAAAAUUGAUCUUUCCCAAUGACUUUCGUCCACUAGCGCGAUACUUAUACUUCCAUUACCUUAUAUCGAUGAUUAUACACUUCAGAACUGCGAAGAAGACUGGUAUAGUUCGCAGUGAGCUUCCAGACGCUGAAUGGCCGGAGCUCACGAGAGCAUGGGCUACGCACGGGGAAUAUCUGAGGGACAACAUGAUUUACGGCUUUAUGGAGGAGUUGGGACAUGAUUUGCCGGAAGAUCUCAAGCAAAAUGCGUUAGCACACUGUGCACCUAUUCGUUCGAACAGUGAAGCAGAGGAGCUUGACGAAGUCAUCGAUUCGUUAGGGAUGAUUCAAAUAGGCAAUGACGAUGACGAUGAUGAUGAGGAUGACGAUGAUGAUAAUGAAGAUGGGAAUGAAGAUGAUGAGGAAGGGGAGGCGGCUGGUAUGUCGGAAAAUUGA